AUCCGGUCCGGAAUGGCGAGCGCGAGCGAGCGACGACAACCCGGCGAUGUUGCAAAUUGCGGAAGGCUGGACCGAUCCGAGCUGUGGACGUGAGUGACCAACCAAGAAACGUGUUGUUUGGAGGAUUCGCUCGCUGCUGCUGCUGCUCCUGCAGCCCUGGGGGUGGAAAGGAGUGGAGUGCAGACGGAGCUUGGUCGACGAGCUUGGCCAGGGUUUUUGGCUGCGAAUCGGAUUUCCAUGGCUAUGGCGGGAGCCGUAGUUGUCGUUCCGAGGUGCGGCACUCCCAUUUCCUCGGCUCUUUCGGGGUCCGAAACAUCGUGUAGUAGUAAUUCGAGCUCCUUGCCAAAACAGGCGUCCUGCUCCCGCACUCCGAGCUCAUUCCACGUUUCUGUCACAUUGUCCUCUGCUUCUCCGUCUCUUCUGCGAAGCGGGUCGAGCUACUGGAACUCAUGGACCGGACGUUCGCAUUUGGGGAAUGCGCAAUUAUUGAAAGUUAUCACAGGAAGGCAGCAACUACUGUCAAAACAAGGCAUUGUAGGAAGGGUGCACGCCUCAUUACUAGGAGUCGGGGCGCCAGAGGCUCUGGUGAUCGCUGUCGUGGCUCUGCUUGUCUUCGGACCUAAAGGUCUUGCAGAAGUUGCUCGUACGUUGGGAAAAUCGUUGAAAGCGUUUCAGCCUACAAUUCAAGAGCUUCAGCAAGUGUCGAGGGAAUUUAGAAGCACUCUGGAGCAGGAAAUUGGCUUGGAUGAGCUUCGGAAUCCAAAGCCUCUUGAUCCUCCUUCUCGGCCUAAAUCUGAAUCACCCAUCACUGGAGAGAUGCCUCAAGAUCUUCAACAGCCUUCCGUGCAAUCGUCACAAAUUGCCCAGCCUCCGACUAUUAAAAAAGGACCUGAAGCUUACACGACAGAAGAUUAUGUUAGGGUGACAGCUGAACAAGCAAAAUCCCUUGUUCCCGAAGACCUUCGCAAAGAAGCAGAGCGUGCCGCAUGGGGAGGAAGUCCUCCACCUCCUCCAACAGAUGUAGUCGAGGACAAAGAGGCUACAGGACCUGCGAAGCCAGAGGAGAAGAAGAGCGAGGAGAUUUCAUUAUAAACUUUCUGAUGCGGUCAGACUUUUCCAAUCUGUUGGCUUUUGGAAGUUUUUAUCGAGAACACACUGUAAUAUAUCCGGAGAAUUUUCCUGUUGCAUUUUUCUUUCAUUCUAGCGUAGUUAUUGGCAUUCAUUCAUGGUCGAUUGAAUAGACUCGUUUGUCUCUCUACUCAGACUCGUUAUAAGUCUUGUGUCAGUGGUUGUUCACGGGAAUGGAAGUCUUGUUGCUAUAUCACCUAGAGCGAAUC